AUGGCGUCCGAGCAGGCCUUCACGAACGACCUCCGCAGCGGUGCCAAGGAGUUCAACCGCGAUAAGACCAGCCGCGUCAAGUGGGCUCACGGUCAAUCGUUCGGCCCAGGACGACGGGUUGAGGACAACCGACCUCGACCCGCCCGGGUGGUCCCCACCCCAAAAGCUAACAUGCCCAGGUCCACCUCCGGCUUCAACAAGGCCCGCACUGCUCUCAAGAACGACAUCGCGUACGCCAGCGGGGACUCGUCCGCGGACGAAGACGUCGAGCACCCCUCCACCGCGCCUGCUCCCGAUGCUGAGAUAACCUACUCCUAUGAUGCGGAGCGCGGACCGAACCACGGCAGCCAGAUCUUGGGGCUUGCCCUCGCGAAGGCCGUCGAGCGCUUCGAGGUCCGUCAGACAGACAAGCUGAUCAAGGAAGAGUACGAGGUGCUGGAUAUCAAUGCCGAAGCUCUGUCUCCGGGACCAAAGGUCAACAGGAAGCUUGUUGCGCCUGAGGACGAAGAGUACGAGUUCGUCGACGCUUGA